AAACUUUGGAACCGUCUUUCUUCAAGCGGUACUCUUUUUCCUCCUUGCCCUCAUCUGUAUCGUUCUUCUACGUUUAGACAGCCCGUUACAUGUCUUCUCGUGUCAAUGGUCUCUCGGACACCAGUUCAAAGCGUAACGCUCAAGGAACCGUGGACAACCGAACCGAGAACACAGCAGCGGGACCCAGCAAACUAGAAAUCGUCCACAAGGCUUUGUUGGCGCCGUUCAACCAUAGAAAGACUGAUUCAUCCAAAAUACUUUCAGACUGUACGUGUCUCAUCGUUUUCUGUCCUGUGCAGUUCGCCCGGAUGAUCUAGUGCCCAACCGUACCGUGAGUAGAAAACUGAUCUUUUGGAUUUUCUCUAGUGGCGCCUGUGAUCAUGACUCCACGGCUACUGAAUGCAUCUACGGUUAACUCGAGGCAGCGUUCCACUGUAGGAAAUUCGACCAUUGGUCGGUCUCGUAUGGAUUUCGCGACACUGGGGCGCGCCCCUCUUCGACUAGGAAUGGGCUCUCGACGCAUAACUUCACGUGACCUUGAAAUCGUAGAGGCCACCGAGGAGCUCCUUCUGUCUGAAGUACCCGAGCCGGAAGGUGUCACCUCGAACGUCAGUCUCCUUCGCGGCUUUAAUGCCACCAUACCCAGUGCGGAGCAAAGUCGGACACGACGAAAGCAGAUGCGGAGCGUUGAUGCACCGCACCUUGGGCUCAAGAAGUUGGGUAUGAAUGCAAGAGGAAUGCUCGUGGAUGACGACGACGGACAUAGUGUCACCAGCGAGGAUGACGUUGUAAUGGUUCCACGCGCCGAUACCAUCCGGAAGACGAAGAGGAGAAAGGGCAGAGAAAGUCUAAGUGCAUCAAAAAUAUUGGGCAAGGAGGAAUUGUCGAGGCAGAAGAAAGAGAUUCUGCGGGAUAAAGAGAACAUCAGUGUUCGAAGAAGUUUGAUUAACGGCGAAAUAGCAGAGAUCACGGACAAAAUACAAGCACUGGAUAAUAUCCGAAAUCAACUUGAGCAAAAUCUCCUAAAAUUACACGAAGAUGAGUUAGAGUUGGAUGAUGAGCUCGUGGGUGUUCGGGAACGACUUGAAUUUGAACAAGAAUCAAGUAGAACUCCGAAGAAGAGUUCUCAGCCGCUACAUCUUCUCCAGAGUUCACGGCGGCGAAAGGGCCCUGCCUUCCUACCCUCUGAACACGAUGAACUCCCACCAGGCGUAGCAUUUAUGACUCUGGAAUCGCAUGAGACGUCAAUAACAGCUUUGGACUUUUCUGAGCCGUACGGCACCCUUGUUAGCGCGUCCCAAGAUGAUGCCCAACCAAUAGUCUGGGACCUUUUUUCUGGAACAGAGAUCGGUCGUUUGCGAGGUCAUACUGGACCAGUGAAGUGCCUACAGGUGGAAGAUCAUGUCUGCUUAUCCGGAAGUGAAGAUGGCACAGUACGCCUUUGGGAUCUGAGACGAGUGGAGAGUGAUGAUACGGAUGAGUGGGGAGAUGAGGGUGAGAUCGUCAGUCUCAGUGACAUCACCGAGGAAAGCGAAAGUGGCGAUGAACCUUUGCCCAGAUUGAAUGGAAUUCGGAAGGGCAAAAAACCCUUAGAGCUGCGGAAUGAUCCCUGCACCAGAGUAUUGGAAGGCCACACCAAGGUCGUCACUGCCUUGUAUUUUGAGGAUGACUGCUUGGUGACAGGUGCUUCGGACAAGACUCUUCGACAGUGGGACCUAACGACAGGUCAAUGCGUCAUGACUAUGGAUAUCUUGUGGGCGAUGUCCCACUCAUCGACGUCAGUACCUGGGUCGGUAACAAAUGGUCUCUUCUCUGGCGCCGCUGCAUCGAUCGGCACUUUUGUAGUCCCAACACCUCCAUUCUCAGAUGGAAGCUGGGAAAUGUACGAAGAUUUCGUAGGUGGUGUACAGUUUUGGGGUUACGGUCUGGUUAGCGGUAGCGGGGAUGGCGCGGUUCGAAUGUGGGACAUGCGAACUGGACAAGCCCACCGGACACUCUUAGGCCAUACUGGACCAGUAACAUCCAUUCAAUUUGACGAGAUACAUAUUGCGAGUGGAAGUCUGGAUAAGUCUAUUCGGAUAUGGGAUCUUCGAACGGGAGGCGUAUUUGAGACACUGAAAUACGACCACGCUGUCACAGCCCUGCAAUUUGACACAAGAAAAUUGGUUGCUGCAGCCGGUGAAAAUGGCAUAAAGGUCUACAACAGAACGAGUAUGCAACAGUCGACGCUAAGCACCAACGGACACACCCACCCUGUACAACGGCUAAGAUACAUGGACCGAUACCUUGUCUCCGGAGGUCGCGACUCUACUGUCAAGAUUUGGUCACUAUAGCACGAUAAUUAUUUGGUUUAUACCUGUCUGGUUUGCAUAUACUCAUGAACAUAUCCACGAACCAAUAUCCCCUGCACAUCUGAUGUAUUUAUACGCAUACAGAACAUAGACUAACCUCUUUCAGUGCAUAUUUAGGACUGAUGUGUUCUGAUGUGGCAUAUCUGAUGUCAGGGCAUGGUGGGAUCUACAGCGCCCGUGCUGUGUGGUUC